AUGUCUCGCCCGCAAAACGCCCAACCUACCUCCUCCGUCGACCGUCUAGUUGUGAAGCUGCCACCUUUCGUACCACCCGACCCCGAACUAUGGUUUUGUAUGGUGGAACGAAGCUUUGAGGCCUCGGGAGUCACAUCUGAAUCAACAAGAUUCGGCUAUGUAUUGGGCAAUUUGGAUCCGCGGUACGCAGCCGAAGUGCGUGACAUUAUCAUAAACCCACCGGCGACUGAACCAUAUGCUACCAUCAAGGAAGCACUCAUUCGUCGAUUGGGCACUUCGCAAGAAUUAAGGACCAAACAAUUACUGGGGCAGGAAGAAAUUGGUGACAGAAAACCAUCCAAAUUUCUGCGUCACCUUCAAAACCUGGCUGGAAAUUCUACUCCAGAGAAUCUACUACGCACAAUCUGGCCAGGUCGGCUUCCGCAAAAUCUACAGACGGUCAUAGCAACCAUGAAGGACAAGCAGUUGGAUGAAGUUGUCGAAAUCGCCGACAAUAUCAUGGAAGCGACCCAAACAUAG